GUAGCCAUUGCCGCUAAAAGCGGACAAACUGAAGCAACAGCAGACGUUUUACUGACACUAUUUCUCUACACUAGAUCCCAAAAAUAUCCCAUAGUCUUUCAUUUCAUUUUCAUCUCAGAUUUUUCUUCUUUUCUAUCACAAUUUGCCUUAAUUUAAUCUCAAUUUUCCUGUAAAUCCAUUGGUUGAUUCAACAUUUUGUUUUGAUUUCAUUCAAUGCCGUGUUGAUUCGGUAGAUCUAGCGUUAGAUUUCGUUAACUGUGUGCAAUUCCCCCAAAUUUUCUCUGACUUAGGGUUUCUGAAAUCUGUUAGAGAGAGAAGAAACCUUAUCCAUUGGAUAUAUGAAUUUGUGAGUCUGUUGAAAUUACCGUUAUUCUGUUACAGAUGACUUGUUUUUCUUGCUUGAAAUAUCACUCUGAAGAUGUUAACAACUGUGAUGGUGGUCAUGGAAAGGGAAGGAGGACAUACAAGGAUGUUACUGUUACUGAUUCUAUGAGAGGAAAAGGUGCUGCAUUGUCUAAUCAGAGGGCUAAUGUGGCUAGAAGCUUUACUUUUCGUGAGCUUGCUGCAUCCACACAGAACUUCCGCGCUGCAAAUUUAAUCGGAGAAGGCGGAUUUGGAAGUGUUUAUAAGGGCCGUUUGGAAUCCGGAAAGCUAGUAGCCGUAAAAAAGCUUAACUUGAAUGGAUCUCAAGGGAACCAAGAAUUCAUAGUGGAGGUUCUUAUGUUAAGUCUUCUUCGCCACUCAAACCUUGUCACAUUGAUCGGUUACUGCACAGAUGGCGACCAGAGACUUUUGGUUUAUGAGUAUAUGCCACUCGGUAGCCUCGAAAGUCAUCUUUUCGAUCUAGAGCCUUACCAGGAGCCGUUGGAUUGGCAAACAAGACUAAAGAUUGCGGUCGGUGCAGCUCGCGGUCUUGAAUAUCUACACUGCAAAGCAAACCCGCCCGUAAUUUAUCGUGAUUUGAAAUCAUCAAACAUAUUAUUGGACCGUGACUUCAAUCCAAAGCUUUCGGACUUUGGGCUUGCUAAAUUGGGCCCUGUAGGUGACCACACCCAUGUGUCAACUCGAGUUAUGGGUACAUAUGGUUACUGUGCUCCCGAUUAUGCAAUGAGCGGUAAACUUACUAUAAAGUCUGAUAUUUACAGCUUUGGUGUUGUGCUGCUUGAGCUCAUUACCGGUCGUAAAGCAAUUGAUAUGAGUAAAAAAGCUGGAGAACAGAAUUUAGUUUCAUGGGCGCGCCCGUUUUUGAAAGACAGGAAGAAGUUUGUUCAGUUAGCUGAUCCGUUACUGCAAGAUCGGUUCCCAGCGCGUUGUAUGCACCAUGCGGUUGCCAUAACUGCAAUGUGUCUUCAAGAGCAAGCAAACUUCCGUCCAUUGAUUGGUGAUAUUGUUGUUGCUCUCGAGUACUUAGCAUCUCAAGCUGAAUUUUCUGAAAAUUCUCACCCAUCACCCUCAAAGAUAGAUAAUGACCAUAUUGCCCCUGCAAGAUGAACCGAAAUGUCGCAUUGCUGAGAUUUUAGUUACUGAAAGAUUCAUUAUUUGCAAAUAGGAUUCACACUAUUUUAAAUCAUAAGGGUUGAUGCUUGUGCUGGGAUGGGUAUAAAAGUCAAACACCAUGUAUUUUGUGAGUAGGUAGAAUAUUGUUAUACAGGUAAAAGGGUAAAGAUUUCAUUUUGUAUGAGCAGCCAGCAGGUAUUUUCAAGUAAAUUUAUUGUCAUUUGUAUCUAAAUAUGUAAUUAUAGUUUGGUGUUCUUGAUUUGUUUAAGAUAAAUGUGUUGCAUGUGGUU